AUGUUAACGAUUAUAUUUGACAUAAUUCAAUACAUAUUGACCUCACUGAUAUUGAUAAGUGUAACCGGACUUAUAAUAUAUUUUGUAAAAUUUAAACAUAUGAUUGAUGUGACUCGCAAUAUACCUAGUCCACCUUCAACGCCCAUAUUAGGACACAGUUUAAUAUUUAAUCGUUUGCAGCCACAUGAACAUGCCGAAUUUUAUUUGAAUUUAGUUGCUACGUAUGGUAAAACUUUUAAAUUUUUGUUGGGCCCAAAACUAUUUAUCGUCCUAACGGAGCCAAAUGAUGUCGAAGUGAUACUCAACGAUAUCCGUUUUAUUGAAAAAUCGGAAGUUUAUUCUGUACUGGAACCAUGGUUUAAAGAGGGGCUUAUGAAUAGCCCCGGACAUAAAUGGCAAAAACGUAGAAAAAUAUUGACGCAAGCUUUUCACUUUCGUAUUUUAAAGGAAUUUGUGGAAAUAUUUGAUCAACAGUCGCGAAUAUUUGUGGAGAAUCUUUGGAAAGAAUAUCAACGGCAGGGAGAUGAUGGAAUUGAUUUACAUAAAUGGUUAGAUAUGUGGGCAUUGGAUGUGUUGUGUGAAUCUUCAAUGGGUGUCUCAAUAAAUGCCCAGACGAAAGCCGGUUGUGAAUAUCUUCGAGCUGUAAAAAUCAUGUCAAAAAUAACCUACAAACGUAUUGUGGAUAUACGAUAUUUCUUCAAUGCAUAUUUUCGCUUUACACGUCUAUAUCAGGAGAGUAAAGAAGCAUUAAGUAUUUUACGGAAAUUUACCGAGGAUGUAAUCAAAAAAAGACGUCUUGAAAUUUCCAAACACUCCAAACCCAAGGAUCAAACAGAUGACCCUUUUGAAAACAACAAACCGAAGCUUGUCUUCUUGGAUACCCUGUUGACAGCUCAACAGGAUGGCAAACCCCUUACCAAUGAAGAUAUACACGAAGAAGUAAACUCCAUAAUGUUUGGUGGUCAUGAUUCGACAUCACUCACGUUGCUAUUUCUUUACUAUAAUUUAUCGCGAAAUCCCCAGUGUCAGAAGAAAUGCUAUGAAGAAAUUCUGGAGGUUAUGGGUGAUAAAGAUGGUAACGUCAGUUACGAAAGCCUAAAUAGUUUGAAUUAUAUGGAUAAAUGUAUCAAAGAGACAUUGAGGAUAUUUCCAGCGGUGCCAUUGAUUGCUCGGCAAGCCAGGGAGGAAUGUGAAAUAAAUGGCAAGAUGAUUCCCUCAGGAGCCACAAUUGUUAUACCCAAUCUUGUAAUGGGUCGCCAGGAAGAUAUUUUCCCUAAUGCAUUGGAAUUUAAACCGGAACGUUUUAAUGUUGAUGAAAAUUCUCCAAAAUUGCAUCCUUAUGCCAGUAUACCAUUUUCGGCAGGACCUCGCAAUUGCCUGGGCUAUAAAUAUGCAAUGCUGGAAAUGAAAACAAUUUUGGUUAAAUCUUUGCGCCACUUUGAAUUUGAAUGUCUUGGUGAUAAAAUUGAAAAUAUUCAAGUUAUACCAGAAUUAGUAUUAAGACCAAGAGAAACUUUGAGAUUUAAAAUUAAACCGAGGGUCAAGAAAAUUAUCGAUUAA